UUACAAGCAUGGAAGGCAAAGGCUGCAGCUCCAAGGGGAUGGAGACAGAUUUCCCUGUUCAGAGUGUUCUGGUGACAGGAUCCAAUUCGGGAAUUGGCCUGGGUCUGGUGAAGCAGUUUCUGAGGCUGCCAACUCCACCUCAGUGGGUCUUUGCUACUACCAUAGACAUGGAUGGAUCAAAAAGCAAGGAAAUAAAGGAGUUGGCAUGCCAGCAUCAGAAUCUGGUGGUGCUGCAGCUGGAUGUCACUGACCUCCAGAGCAUCAAGGCAGCUGUGGAACAAGUGCAAAAGUGUGUUGGAGAAUGUGGUUUGAACCUCCUGAUGAACAAUGCUGGUGUUAUUUCUGGAUACGACCUGGAGAAGGAAAAUGCAAAGAGCAUGGCAGAUGUAUAUGCCGUCAAUACUAUUGGGCCACUUGAGGUGAGCCAGGCAUUUCUGCCCCUGCUGAAGAUGGCAGCUCAGAGAUAUCCCCAGGAAGGGCUGAGCUGCUGCAAGGCAGCCAUUAUAAAUACAUCCAGUGCUGCAGGCUCCUUAGAACUUAUGCUGGCAUGGGAAAGAAAGAUGGCUGUUGCUUAUCGCUGCAGUAAGGCUGCUUUAAACAUGCUCACCAAAUGCCAGUCACUCACAUAUCCAGCUUACGGGAUUCUGUGUGUUUGCAUCCAUCCUGGCUGGGUAAAAACUCAAGGCGUGCACAAGGCGGACCUGACUGUGGAAGAGAGUACACAAGGAAUAAUUAAUGUUCUCUCCACACUUUCUGAGGUGGAUAACGGUACCUUUGUGGACUGGAAAGGAUGCAGAGUACCCUGGUGAGGGAUUUGUUUCACGAUGCCAGGGGUUUUACCACUCUAGCAUUCUGCCUAGAGAGCAUCCAAUAAACCAUCUGGGA